AUGGCCAUUGUUGCAGUGUUUGCCAUUUCAGCGGCUAUGGCUACUGCCGCCGCUCCAACUCGGCCUUAUCGUGGCCGGAGAUUGGCUCAGUAUGCAACUCCGGCCACCCCACCUUGGCCAACUCUUCCACCCACAGCUCCAUCAUCAUCUAUCUCUCCACCAUAUAAUCCAGAAACUCCGGGCAGUUCAGAUAUUCCGGCGACUCCAGCAACCCCUUCUUGGCCAAUUAAUCCAGAAACUCCGGGCACUUCAGAGAUUCCGGAAACUCCAGGAACCCCUUCUUGGCCAACUGUUCCAGCUAUUAGUCCGUCCAUUAAUAAUUCUCCAUCUUAUUGGCCACCUGUUCCAGCAACUCCAUCCGCCGCCUCGCCAUCUUGGAUUCCGGGAAAGCCUAUGGCCUCUCCACCCUGGCCGACGCUUCCGCCUUACUAA